UCACUACAUCCAGUCGAAACCGGCGAAAAACGAUUUUCAGGAAUUUGACCAGAAUGUAAACAUUGCUCCGGACUCAAUAGGGAGUUUUAGUCGGUUUCAGAGCUGCCGGGUCACAAACCGUCAUGAAUUCCAGCGGAGUGGAUCAAUUAAACUGACUGGACGUCGUUUAUUUGACCGUGUCCUGUUUUAGCUGCUUCCUGCUCGAUUCACAUCAUGACCAAGGACAUCGUUCUCGGAGAUGAAUUACCUGACUGGGUGGGGGCGAAGGAGUUCUACCAGAAGUACGACCCCAAAGAGGUGAUCGGCCGGGGGGUGAGCAGCGUGGUGAGGCGGUGUGUGCACCGACACACCGGCCAGGAGCUGGCCGUGAAGAUCAUCGAGAUCACAGCCGAGAAGAUGACGGCCCAGCAGCUGGAGGAGGUGAAGAGCUCCACCCUGAAGGAGAUCCAGGUCCUCAACAUGGUGAAGGGCCAUUCCUCCAUCAUCACCCUGAUUGAUUCCUACGAGUCCACAACAUUCAUAUUUUUAGUGUUUGACCUAAUGAGGAGAGGAGAGCUGUUUGACUACCUCACAGAAAAAGUGACUCUGAGUGAGAAGGAGACCAGGAGCAUCAUGCGCGCCCUGCUGGAGGCGGUGCAGUACCUGCACUCCUUCAGCAUCGUCCACCGGGACCUGAAGCCGGAGAACAUCCUGCUGGACGAUCACGGACACAUCAAGCUGUCCGACUUCGGCUUCUCUGUGCAGCUGCAGCCUGGAGAGAAGCUCAGAGAGCUCUGUGGAACACCUGGAUACCUGGCGCCUGAAAUACUGAAAUGCUCCAUGGAUGAGAUGCAUCCAGGCUACGGGAAGGAGGUGGACCUCUGGGCCUGCGGCGUCAUCCUCUUCACGCUGCUGGCCGGCUCGCCUCCGUUUUGGCACCGGAAGCAGAUGCUGAUGCUGCGGAUGAUCAUGGAGGGCCGGUACCAGUUCAGCUCCCCGGAGUGGGACGACAGAUCCGACACCGUGAAGGACCUGAUCUCCAGGCUGCUGGUGGUGGACCCGGCUGCCAGGCUCACCGCAGAGCAGGCGCUGGCUCACUCCUUCUUCAGGCUGUACCAGAAGGAAGACGUCCGUCUCUUCAGCCCCAGGAAGACGUUCAGGGUUCUGAUCGUGAGCGUUCUGGCCUGCAUCAGGAUGUACAGCCGGUACCGGCGGGCGCGACCUCUGACCCGGGAGGUUCUGGCCAGAGACCCGUACUCGCUCCGCGGCGUGCGGAAGCUAAUCGACGGCUGCGCCUUCCGGAUCUACGGCCACUGGGUGAAGAAGGGCGAGCAGCAGAACCGGGCCGCUCUGUUCCAGAACACGGCCAAGAUCGUCCUGCUGGGCCUGGAGGACUUUGAGACGUAG